UGUUGAACGACGAAAACCUAGAUGGCACUGUAAACGUGUGUGUCUUGUACUGUUUCCUUCGCCCGCCGUCAUAGCCGAUCUUGUUUUUCACGUUUCUCGUUGUGACACAGAGACGUUUCCGGAUUACCUCUCUGAUCCUUCAUUUAUUGUUAUGGCUGUCAAAGAAAAAGCAGAAGCAAAUGAAGAAACUUUGGAAGCUGAAAUCGAAUGGAAUACUGUCGAUAAUGAGUUACAGUUGUUGCAAAUCUUGUGCGGCACAAGACCCAUCGGGAUUAGUAAAUAUUUUCAAAUGGCCUGCAUAGUGGAAAAGUUGGCUGCGAAUCUGAACAAAGAAGUUACUUCCAAAGGUGUGUGGGACCACCUGGCAAGCUUGUACGACAUCAAGAAAUUGGAUGAACACGAGACGAUUCCUUUUCCCAACGAAGAAAUGGACUUUACCCUUUCCACCGAGGAGUAUGGUGAACUGAUGGAGAGCAAAUACAAAGAAACCGAAUCAAAGAAAUCCAUAAAGAAGGAAAAGGAAGAAAUCAAAAAGGAAAAGGUUCCUGAGACGCCACAGCCUGUUGAAAAGAAAUCCGUGAAACGCACAAGAGCCAGCACUGCUCCAAGCCCUGGAACACCUCAAGUCACUCCAAAACGUCGACGAAUUUGAAGGCAGAGAAAAAGAAAGGACUAGGGAAAUAUCACGAACUUUUUUACCAUGUCAACUCCUUCGGCGCACGUACAUUUGUUUGAUUGUGAAACUGUUAAUGAAUUUUUGUAACUCGGAUAUUGCGUGAAAAAAAGAAAGGGACCGAAUACGACAGAAAAUGACCGGUCAA